GGACAAGUGGAUUAGAAUGAAACUAUGACAAUUUUAUUCAAAAUGUGUUCAACUCUCAUUACGGAAUAUCAAAUAUUGAUUUAUUCACACCGAUAGUCGACAAUGAAUUCGUACGGUAACGAGAUCACUUCAGUUAAUGCGCUGCAUAGUCCUACUAGCCAUAUGAUAUCAUCACAUUCCUGCUCCUCUCCACCACCUUCAUCACCGUCAUCACCGUCAUCAUCCUCAUCAUCUCGAUCACCGGAUUCAAUGAGAGCACCAUCUAUUACUGGUUUACCACAAUUGAAAAAUCUAACAGCUACAGAAAUUGCUAAUCUUAAUAAGAAUCCUUUAUUGACAACUUAUUCUAAUGAAAAACAUUUACAUUAUGCUAAAAUUCCAAAUAUUAUUACUACAGAUUUAUAUAAUACAAAUGAUAUUUUACAAACAAAUGGACAGCUAUUAACUACUACUACUAUUUCACCGAAUACUGAUCAAUGGGAUUUAAAUUAUCAUAAACAUUAUUUGAGCAAAAAACAUGAACCACUGAAUAGUACAUUAUUUUGUGGUCCAGGACGUAAACGUUAUUUAAUUGCAUUUUUAUGUUGUACCUGUUUGACAAUUGUUAUUGGUAUGCGUUCGGAGAUGUUAGGAAUUAUUACCAAUCUAAAUAAUACACAUUCACGUAUAACACUUAGUUUUAAAUAUUCGCUGAAUAAAUAUCAAACUGAUCCAGUACAUUUUAAUAAUCAUUACAAUGUACUAACUCAAUCACAACUUGUUGAUUCAACAAACAGAUCAAUCCCAUUGAAUGAAGAGAAUAUUGAAGACAACGAGGAAGAGCUACACACGGAUUCACGUCGUUCCAUGUUGGAACAUACACGUCCUACUACAUCGUUAAUAUUUAAACCAUCUGAACAUCGUAAAAUGCCAUGGACUGAAACAAUUAAAAAUGAUCUUGUUGAAAAUUCUGUAUUUUUUGCUUAUUUAAUUACAAGUCCAAUCGGUGGUUAUUUAACUGUCAAUUAUGAUUCAUCAUUUUUACUGGGUAGUUCAGUUGCAAUCACAUGUGGUAUGAAUUUAUUUUUACCAUUAGUCGAGACAAUUGGCAAUAAUAUGAAUGCUAAACUGAUCAUGAUUAUAUUAUUACGAUUAAUACAAGGAUUAGCUGAAGGUUGUCUUAUUCCAGCUGUAUUUGGUGUACUACGUUUUUGGAGUCCAGAAAAUGAACGUUCCACUUUGGUGUGUUUAGCUGUAAUCGGUGUCUCAUUAGGUCCAUUAAUUGGUUUACCUGUAUGUGCUGAAAUUGAGAAAAAAUGGGGUUGGGGUGUUGUAUUUUAUAUUUAUGCUAAUUUAGGUUUAAUUUGGUGUAUAUUUUGGUGGAGAUUAAUUGAUGAAAAACCGAAUAAAGAUAAAAAAUUAAGUAAACGUGAAUUGAACUAUUUAAAAGCAACUAUAUCAAAUCGUAUAUUAUACAAUGAUCAGUAUACACAAAUACCAUGGCAAAAAAUUUUCACAUCACGUUCAGUAUAUGCAAUUUUAUUUACAUAUGCUGCAGAUGAUUGGACAUUUCAAAUUUCUUCCGUAUGUAUGCAAUCAUUCUAUCAACAAAUUUAUAAUGUUGAUGUAGAACGAACAAUAUUUUUUUUAUCAUUUCCAUUUUUAUCAAGAUCAAUGUUUGUACCGAUUGGUAAGUUUGAGUAA